CAACGCGGUUUUGUAAAUAAACACACGUGCGUGCGGCUCGGUCCCUAUCGCCACUCACGAAAAACCACGCGUGUUCUGUUUCGUUUCCAAUUUUCCCGUUUCACACAACAAACAUGAAGAAAGAUAAAAAACAAAAAGCGGCCGAGAAAAACAAAGCCAAUGGCGUCACGGCUGAUGCAGCCGGUGCAGCAGCGGAUGACGCUGUAAAUGGUGAGAAUGGUGUAGCCGAAUCUGAAAAGCUAACCCACCAGCUGGAUUUCAUGAAAACCCUCGAGGACGACGCGGAGGUGGAGGACUUAUCCGAGGAGUCGGAAACGGAGAUCGAAUACCAACCGACCAAGCAGAAAAACCAAAAGCUGACCGAUUUCGACGGUGGCUUCCAGUUUGUGUCGUCGGUGAAGGAGUACAACCACGACACCUGGGACGAUUUGAUGAAGUUUGUCAAGCGGAAGAACCGUGGCGAGGUGAACGACAAGAUUGCCAACGUCAUUCGGGACCGUACGAAGGAAAAUUCGGACGCGCUGAAGGACGACGAUGAGGAGGAGGACGAGGAUGGCAAUCGGGCGUACAACGAGGAAGUGGAUUUGUCCGACGACGAGCUGAAGCACGAUUACAUGCGGGUGAAGGAGCGCAAGGGCAAAAAACUAGCCGAAGCGGAAAACGGUGGCCCGACGGUCGAGGUGAAGGAAGACACGGAGGACGGGACGAAGGAGGACUACUUCGAGGAGAUAGAGGAAAAUGCGAACGGCGAGAUCCAAUCGUUCUACCAGAUGGAUCUGUCCCGGCCGCUCAUGAAAGCGAUCGGGGCGCUUGGCUACAUCUACCCUACCCCGAUCCAGGCAUCGACCAUACCGAUCGCGCUGAUGGGUCGGGACAUCUGUGGGUGUGCGGCCACCGGUACGGGCAAGACGGCUGCCUACAUGCUGCCCACGAUCGAGCGCCUGCUGUACAAACCGAACGUGGCGCAGGCGGUGACGCGCGUACUGGUCCUGGUGCCGACCCGUGAACUGGGCGCGCAGGUGUACCAGGUGGCGAAACAGCUAACACAGUUUACCAACGUGGACGUCGGCAUUGCGAUCGGUGGGCUGGACGUGAAGGCGCAGGAAGCGGUGCUGCGCAAAAACCCGGACGUCGUGAUAGCGACGCCGGGUCGGCUGAUCGAUCACAUCAAGAAUACGCCGAGCUUUUCGCUGGAUUCCAUUGAGAUCCUGAUUCUCGAUGAAGCUGACCGUAUGCUGGACGAGUACUUCGCGGAACAGAUGAAGGAAAUUAUACGCAGCUGCUCGGCCACGCGCCAAACGAUGCUGUUCUCGGCCACCAUGACGGAGGAGGUGAAAGAUUUGGCGGCCGUUUCGCUCAAGAAGCCGGUCAAAAUCUUCGUCAACAACAACCAGACGGUCGCGUUCAACCUGCGGCAGGAGUUUAUCCGCAUACGCGAGGGUCGGGAAGCAGACCGGGAAGCGAUACUGGCCGCGCUGGUGUGCCGUACCUUCCACGACCACUGCAUGGUGUUUGUGCAGACGAAGCGGACGGCCCACCGUUUGCGCAUACUGCUCGGGCUGCUCGGCGUCAAGACGGGCGAGCUGCACGGCGACCUGACCCAGGCGCAGCGGCUCGAGUCGCUAAAGGAGUUCAAGGACGAGCAGGUGGACAUACUGAUCGCGACCGACGUGGCGGCCCGCGGGCUGGACAUUAGCACCGUUAAGACGGUCAUCAACUUCGUCAUGCCGGCCACGCUGGAACACUACAUCCAUCGGGUCGGCCGUACCGCCCGUGCCGGGAAGGCGGGCGUGUCGGUGUCGCUGGCCGGCGAGCAGGAGCGCAAAAUCGUGAAGGAAAUCGUGAAGAAUGCGGUCAGCUCGGUGAAGAACCGCAUCAUCCCGCUGGACAUUAUCGAGAAGUACCGGAACAAGGUGGCCGCCCUCGAGCCGGAAAUCGACCGCGUGCUGGCGGAGGAGCGGGCGGAAAAGUUGCUGCGCCAGACGGAGCAGCAGCUAACCAGUGCCGAGCGGAAGCUGCUCGGUAACGGGGGCAAGGCAGCGAAACAGGACAUUCCGCCGCCGAGGGAGUGGUUCCAGACGCAGCACGAGCGGCGGGAGGAAAAGAACCGGCUGGCGGGCGAGGAGCAGGGCGAGAAAAAGAAGGCGGCCAAGAAGCGGAAGCGCCGCGAUGACGAUGAUGAGGAAGAUUUCGACCCGGUACGGUACCACGAGGAGAAGAGAAAGCAGCAGAAAGCGGCUGCUGGUGCUGGUGGUGCUGGUGCUGUUAGUGGCAAGAAGAAAUCUAAGACCGAUGCGAACUCGGACGCAAACAAGACAGCGAAACAGUUGGCACGCGAGCGAGCGCUCGAGGAGGUGCGCAAGGUGUCGAUGGUGCAGGCCAAGCUGGCCAAGAUACGCAACCGUCCGGGGCGCGUGAACGCAGCGGAAGAGGAGCAUGGCAACGGGCCGGCUGAUGGGCGUGCUGGUGGAAAGAGUAGCAAGAAGCGCAGCAAGAACUUCUCGCGCUUCGAGCACGACCUGACCGAUGUGGGCAGCAAGAACGUGAAGAAGCUGCGGUACGAUGCGACCAAGAAGCAGCGCAUGGACAAGCUGGACAAGCGCAAGCAGAGCGGAAUGAAGAUGAGCACGGAAAAGCUGCGCAACAAGCACGGGCUGAACAAGCAGACCAAGGGCAAAUCGUUCGGACAGAAAGCGCCGAGAAGGAAACCGACCGAUGGUGGUGGCGGCGGUGGCAAAGGAAAGGGCGGAGGUGGUGGUGGCUUCAAAGGAAAAGGCGGUGGUGGUUUCAAAGGCAAACGGAAGUGAGUGUAGUUAAAAGAAAGAAUGAUUGUAUCCUGUUCUAAUUUCGCUAAAUAUACACUGCUAAACAAAUAAUUAGCACAAAAAAAA